UUGCGACGAGCGACCAACACUUAGCGUGCCCGUGAGGAAAGGUAGUUACUGUAGCUAAGAUGGCGGUGGCAGUGGGAUCUUUGCAAGCCCAGCUUGAGAAAGCGAAAGAGAGUUUGAAAAAUGUAGACGAUAAUAUUCGUAAAUUAACUGGUCGGGAUCCUAAUGAAUUGAGACCGGGCCAAGUUAGACGGCCAACCAUCCCAGGUGUUGGAGGAGGUAGGGGGCGAGGAAUCAACUUGUUGAGACGUGGACUCUCCGACAUCAGCGGUGGACCAGGAGGACCCCCAGUGAAACAGAGGGAUAUUGAAGGGGCCCUCCUGAGGCUGGCCGGUGACCAGAGAGGGAGGAGAGAUUCACGCCAUGACAGCGACGCUGAAGAUGAUGACGAUGUCAAAAAGCCAGUGUUGCAGUCAUCAGUAGUAGCUACCUCCAAGGAGCGUACACGUCGAGACCUGAUCCAGGAUCAGACCAUGGAUGAGAGGGGAAAACAAAGGAAUCGACGCAUGUUUGGCCUGUUGAUGGGAACAUUACAGAAAUUCAAGCAGGAAUCUAAUGUGGCAACGGAUAGGCAAAAGAAACGCAUUGAGAUUGAACAAAAAUUGGAAGUUCAAGCUGAACAAGAGCGCAAAAAAGUAGAGGGCGAAAGACGAGAGCUCUUUGAGGAGAGGCGUGCCAAGCAGACAGAGCUGAGACUGUUGGAACAGAAAGUGGAGCUUGCUCAGUUGCAAGAGGAGUGGAAUGUGCACAACACAAAAAUUGUCAAGUACAUCCGCACAAAGACCAAGCCACCCAUCUUCUUUCUGCCUGGGAGGAUGUGCUCAGCCACUCAGAAGCUCUUAGAUGAGUCUCAGAAAAAAAUGAAUAUUAUGUUUGAGGAGAGACGCGAGGCAUUUGCUGAGCAUCUGAAUAAGAUGGAGGCUCGGCCUCGGCGCCAGUCUCAGAGGGACACCGCUCUUGGUAAGGACCUGAAGAAAGAAGAUCGAGAGGAGGGUAAGCCCACGGGUCAGGUAGUCAAAGUGACAGGUAACCGGUUUGAUGUGGAGAUGGAGGAGGAAGAUGAGGCAACAAUAGAGGAGGAAGAGAGGGAUGAGGGUAUAAAGCGUAAGGAGGACAGAAAGAAAAAGCCAGUAGAGAAAGUCGGGGAGCAGGAGUCUAAGAAGGGGGGGACUAAAGCAGAUGAGAUGGAGGAGGCUGAGGAAGACAGUCAAGACACUAGAAUAGUGGAGUUCAGAGAUGUGGGGGAGCAGAUGGAGGCUACUGCAGUAGUGAGGGAGGCUGAAGGGCAGGCCAGAGAUGGGGAUCAGAAGAUGGAGGAUAGUCCAGUGGAGGUAGGUAAUGAGAAAGGAGUAGAAGAGCAGCAACCGGUUAAGGUAGAAAAGGAGCCCCUUCACGGUCAAGACCUCACAGCUGUGUCAGACAACCAGGAGAAGAGCAUUGAAAUGCAACCAACCGAAGAUGAAGAGCCACGUACAGAAGUGGCCACACCCCUGCUCUCAGAGUGCAACCCUAGUGUGGAAGUCUCUGAUGUAACAUCUAUGGCUCCUGAGGUUCAGAUCCCCCUACUGGAGGCUGGAACGGAGCCAGAGCCACUCACAACCGAGCAGAGCCAAGAGGCUGAUCAAGUUGUCAUAAAGCAGACCACUAAUGCCCAGCCUGCCCAGGCCCAGGAUGAUGCUGCGGCUCCCAAGGAGCUGGCGCCGCCGAGCAAGGAAGCCAGCAGGGGACGUAAAAAGUCAAAGGACAAGAAGGGAGGUGGUGGUGGGAGAAGCAGCAGUAGCUCAUCUAGCAGCUCCUCCGGCUCCUCGUCCAGUGGGAGCUCCGGCUCCUCCUCUAGUGGCUCCUCCAGCAGGAGCAGCUCCUCCAGUGGCAGCUCCUCCAGCUCUUCUAGCAGGAGCCGCAGCCGAGGGAGGAAGGACAAGAAGCGUAGGAGGAGGCCAUCCGAGAGGGACAGGGAGAGGAAGAAGGCAGUAGUUGAGAGGAGCCACAAGUCAUCCAAGGGCAGUGGUCGUGAAUCCAAAGGUUCCAAAGAUAAGAUCUCCAAGUCUGACAGGAACAGGACCACCUCUGAAGGCAGCCGGUCAGGGAAGAGGUCCUCUCGCGGUGACAGGGAUCGCAAGUCAGAUAGGAAGGAAAAGAGGCGUUAAAGUUGAGUGAAUUCUGCUGUCAUGUCAUGCUUAGUUUUGUUUCUACUUUUGAUAAAUACAUUUUCGUAACUGAAAUGUUGUGGAUUUCCUUAAAUGCAAUUCACCAGAAGAGGGAAGCUAAACUGCCUCCGUGUAUUUUCUUGGAAUAAUGUGGGUUUUUAAUCAUCAAAGCUUUUUCUCUAGUCACCAGUCAGUUUUGACAUGGUCUUGCCGCUUUGGUUUCUGGACUUCUUUUACCUUGAUUUUUAUUUUAUUAGACUUUUGUAUUGUCUGCUUUUACUGUAAUUGAUGCAUCAAGUUUACAUUUUCUCCCCCAUCAAUGUCUUUAAUUUUCUAUAGCAUAGGAGCAAUGAGAAGAGGGUGGGUUGCAUACUGGUGUAUUCUCUGAAUCCAGUGUUGUAAAGGUGGUAGUUGUGCAUUUUCAGUUGUAUAAUGUUGAACACUUGUAACCUACAGCUUUUGAUCCAUAUAAAGCCAGUCUGACCAUGCACAAUGUCUAGCUAUGCAUUGUGGAAGACACAUGUUUUGGAAAGUAAUGUUAAUCUUUUUUUUGUCCAAAUGAAACCUAAGCAUCUUCAAUAAAAAAAAAAAACCACGAUGACUUGUCUGAAAUGGCUCCAUGUCAAUGUUCCAAGAUAUUUUUGUAUUUUCAGUGCCAACAGCCUCACAGUCAUUAAAUGCCACUUUCAAAUUAGGAUGCUGAA